GCAGCAUCACCCGCUGCCACAGAACAGCGUCUCCACUGCAAACGUGUCAUGAAUGAGCCUCUGUGAUGGGUAGUCUACCGCCGUGAGGUCCAAUUUAGCCUCGUUUAUUCUUCAACACGCAGGGGGGACAAAACGGCGGAGGACAGAAAACAAUGUUCAUUCCAUUAGACUGAGAAGGACCGCCAAUCUAAACCUGUUCGAUAUUUUAGACCAGCGCAGUUUACCUACUCAUCAGUCAUAUUGACGAUAAAACGGAUAUAUAUUUUUGGGACAUGUAACAGGAUAUCAAGUCAUGUGCGACCGACAUCCAUCUAACAUCGAACAGUCAAGGAUGAAAUAAGGAUGAGCCCUCCAGGGCUGUAGACGCGCCCCAGCUGGAGACAUGUUCUAAGGGCAGCAGCAGACCUGCACUGUGGCCACCAUGAAAGGGUUAGGAGCCAAUCGCAGCCGUCACCUGUCGGACUCCUGUGAGCCAUCGGGCGGCCCCCAGAAGCCCCUGUACCCGUUGACCUCUGACCCCCAUGGUCCCUUCCUCCUGAGCCCCACCAUGAACCACUACGGCACCCUGGACCCCCACCAACUCCACCACUACCAGGCCUCCAACCCCCAAUCCCUGCCUCCGGAGUGCCUACUGCCCCUGAACCAGAUGUCCAACAGCAGCACCUUCCCCCGCCUCCAUGUCACCUCCCAACCGGAACAGUCUGACUACUCCCAGGGCUGCAUGGUCCCUGCCGGGGGUGGGCCUGGUGGCAGCCGGGUGGGCACCCUGUCCACCUCCAUGUCAAUGGGCAUGGGCCUGGGUUUCAGCGGGGCUCCCAUGAUCACAAGUGGAUCAGCUACCAUCUCUUCUGCGGCAGCGGCCAAGAUGAACCGGCUGCCAUCUAACCUGCUAGACCAGCUGGAGAAGCACCUGCCCCUGCAGAGGGAUGGCUUCAGUACCCUCCAGUUCCACCGGGGCAGGGUGGCCAAGCAGCGCAGCGAGAGUCCCGGACGCAUCCGGCACAUCAUGCACUCUGUCCAGAAGCUAUUCAACAAGUCCCAGUCGCUGGAGGGCUCUACGGUCAAGGGCAGCAUGAACAACACUACAGGAGGAGGUGAGGAGGGGACCAGGCAGACCCGCAGGAGUAAGAGUAAAGACAGGGCUAAGACUGAGACGUUGAAGCAGCGACCUAGCAGGCAAAAUGCACUGGGGCUUUGGAGCUCAGACGAUGCCCUGGACAGUGACACCACCACCAAAGCUGGCACUAUCGCUGUGGGCUACCGUAACCCACUUAGCAUGAUGACCCUGGGCAGGGCGGUGUCGGACAGCCAGGCUCCUCCCAGGCACCUCCCACAUGGCUACAACACAGUCUCUGCCCACACACUCAAGGCCUCCAAGAGCAGCAGCGACCUCAAGUACCUGGUCUGCCCGCAAGCGCUGACAGGGACCAGGGGAGGGGAGCUGGUGGGAGGAGGAGGCAGGGAGAGCACCCUGGUAAAGCGAGGCUCCUGGUCCACACUGACCCUCAGCCAGGCCAGGCAGGUGCUCCAGAAGGGCUCAGCCACUGUCAACAGGACGCUGCUCAAAUCUAAGUCGUGUCACCAGGACCUGACCUGUCAGUACCUCCAGGUAGGAGGCCCAGUUCCACUGGGGGACUGGAGUGCUACGCUGGGGGGCCGGGGCCGGCUCAGGGGCCUGGAGAUCCCCUGUCGGAGGAUGCGUAGCGGCAGCUACGUCAAGGCCAUGGGGGACGUGGACCAGGACAGCGAGGAUUCAGAGGGAAGUCCUAAACCCUCGCCCAAAACAGCCGCCCGCCGCCAGAGCUACCUGAAGGCCACCCAUCAGUCCCUGAGCGAGCAGCAGCCUCCACCACCACACAACUGUCUCCCCUCCCUGAGAGAGCUCUCCACCAAUCGGAGCCUGGACAACCUGGACUCCCUGGUGAGCCCGGGCGAGCCCCCGAUGGCCAUGCAGCACUGGGACGAUGGCAGAUACUACCACCAAGGCUAUGCUACCCUGGGCAGGGCCAUGAUGAGCAGUGGUCAGGUGUGUGGGCAGGGCUGUGGGCGCUCGCUGUACUGCGAGGGGGAGUCCCAGGCGGUGGAGGCUCUGGACCUGCCCACGCCAACGUACUUCCGCUCCCGCAGCCACAGCUACCUGCGGGCCAUCCAGGCCGGCUGCUCCCAGGAUGAGGACACUGCCUCAGUGGACUCUGAUUCACCACCACCCACCACCGUCGGCUGCACCUAUACCUCCAGAACCACACUCCCUAGAUGUGUAAGCAGCUCCUGUAAGAAGGCCCCACCACCGGUCCCUCCGCGCACCACCUCCAAGCCCUACAUCUCUGUGACGGUGCAGAGCAGCACUGAGUCAGCCCAGGACACAUACCUGGACCAACAGGACCGCCGCAGCGAGGCCAACAGCCAAUCAGGACGCAGCAACUCCUCUGAUAGCCUCUGCAGCCUGCGUACAGGCAGCCUGGCCAAGGGCUCUCAGCCCCGGGCCCCAGCCCCCGUCGCUGCCCCUGUCCCUGCCCCGAGGGACUACCACCCACCUCCCUCCUUCAGCACCACCACAAGUACCGGCACCCAGGUCGAGCCCCAGAAUGACACUCUAAACCCAGGCCCCAGCCUCACUCCAGACCAGUCCCUAACCCUUCCAGAGCCUGUUCCCACAAAGAGGAAGCUUUCGUCUAUCGGCAUCCAGGUGGACUGCGUUCAGCCAAUCCAGAGAGAGGAUCAACCUCCCCCCUCGACCAAGUUCCAGUCUAUUGGAGUGCAAGUGGAGAACGGCAGGCCACUCAGCCGGGCCAGCAGCAUGGCCUCCAGACAGAACACUGAGACAGAGCCUCAGGACUCUCAACAAGACGCCCAUCCCUCAGAAAACAACGGUAGAGCCAACUGCAACAGCCAGCUGCUAGAUCCUGCCCCCGCUGCCUCCAACGGUGAGGACAGCGCGGUGGCGCGGCAGCUCCCCAAACAUGCCCCAGUCCCAACCAGAGCGUCCGCCUCCCUCCCAGAGAGAAUGGACCCGGCCCUGGACCCCUCCUCCCUGCCCCCUCCAGACCCCAGCUUGGGGAGUGGCAAUGGCAGUGCCCAGGGAGAUGCAGCCCAGCCCGGCACGCCCACCUGCCUCCGGGACGGCAACUGGUUCCUCAAACUACUACAGGCUGAGACAGCACGCAUGGAGGGCUGGUGUCAACAGAUGGAGCAGGAGACCAAAGACAAGGACAUCUCAGAGGAGGUGAUGGGGACAGUCCGCAGUGCAGUGGGCAGUGCCCAGCUCCUCAUAGCCCAGAAGUUCCAGCAGUUCAGAGGACUCUGUGAUGAGAACCUGAAUGUGAACGCCAACCCUCGGCCCACAGCCCAGGAUCUGGCGGGGUUCUGGGACCUACUGCAGCUCUCUGUAGAGGACAUCAGUGUCAAGUUUGACGAGCUCUGGCAACUCAAGGCCAACAACUGGCAGCUGCCAGAGAAGAAGGAGGAGAAGAAGCCUGUGCCCCCCUCUGUGCCAAAGAAGAUGUCCAAGCCCAAGCUGACCCCUGGGAAAGACCGGAGCGUGGACUCUGUGGUGGACAAGCAGCGGCAGGAGGCCAGGAAACGCCUGAUGGCGGCCAAACGCGCGGCGUCAGUACGACAGAACUCUGCCACGGAAAGCUCAGACAGCAUUGAGAUUUACGUCCCCGAGGCCCAGACACGCCUCUGAGAACAGACCGCCACCGGCACCCUGCUCCCCCAUGAAGGAACAGCGCCUCUCACUCACAUAUACACACACACACACUCUAGCUAACACACACACUGCUCCCCAUGAAGGAACAGCCUCACACAUGCACUAGACACACCCAGGGGCACAGAGCCCUGUCCCCUAAUGGCAGCGCAGCAUACGAUAGGAGUAGAACCCAGGAGAGCACAGGCAUGCUAAAAAUACAGAACAAUGCAAAACCACUUCCUUCCUGGCUGCCAUGGAGACGGAGACCUCAACAGACAUUUAAUACUAUUGUUAUUACUAUUAAUAUUAUAAUUAUUAUUAUCUCCUCCUGAAAUACAUCAAGACUGUCUUAAAUGUGCAUCUUGGAUAAAAGGACAUCCUUAUUCCGUGUGAGCUGAAGAAUCUUGGUAUCCCAGAAGUUUACUCUCUUCUCACCCCCUCACUUCUUCUGAGUCUGCGAGAUGGGCUGGGCUUGGGCUAGUCCAGGCAGCCUCUCUCGUUUACAAGCUACAUACCACACACACUCAGGAUACACACAGGUGUACUCACUCACUGUCCACACAGUCUUCCUAUUCUAUCUUUGUAUUAGGCUGCCACUCCAUUGGUUGUGGACGGUUAGCUUUACUGUGUAUGGAAUCUAUAUGAGAUGAUGGUGUUGUCGUGUACUGAGGAAGACCGUAGCAUUCUAUCUAUCUCAAACUGGUUACCAUAAUAGUUUUAUAAAUGUUCUUUACCAGAUUGUUUGUUAGACAAGGUCUAGUGUUCAGUACUAAGGUAGUUUUUUUUUAUAGACCAAGUACAUGUACUGUCAUGAUGAUAUUCGCACAUGAUGCAAUCAUAUUCUCUCACUCUCUCUCUCAUAAACACACACUAUGUUGUCUGUCAGUGUCUGUGCAGACAUGUUUUAAGUCUUCUAUGCCCUUUUGAGGGAAGACGAGAGAUAUUUCCAUGGCCAGUUGAUGUGCGCUACGGUAGGAAUGUUAAAUGCAUUGAAAAUAACUUGACUGCACCUUCCAUGCCAACUGUUUACCUGUUUAACUGUUUACUUUACCCAUAUUUGUUGCAGGGGACCAUGAGGUAUCAUGCACCACUUAAUUACAACAUUCCCUGUUUCCCACUCAACCUCCAGUACAUUUGAAUCAGAAAGGGGAAUCAACUAUAAGCUCUCCUUUUUGCCUGAUUACCAAGACUGGUUUAUUUUCAGCUGCAUAGGCCAGAGCUCUGCCAGUGGUUAUAGUAUAAGCAAUAAGUAAAAUGGGAUGUUUGAGCUAGCAAUGUAAAAAUGAUUCUGAUGCCCAGUCAAAAAGCAACAACCCCUAGCCCAUAUACUUUCAGUGUUUUCAGAUCUGAAGUGAUAGGUGAAAGUCCAACAAUAUGUGAUGAGUCCGCCUUAUCUUACAAUGUUCCAUGAGGAGCUUCAACUAUUGUGCUUCCUCCUGUCUAAUGCUUAGGCUAUGAGCUGUUUUCCGACUGGGCUGAGUUUUCUCAUGGUGAGCGCUCAGUCACUUACCAAGCCAACAGUCAAGCCAUAACAGCACUUUGGUCAUCAUACACCAUUAAUAACCACUACUUGAUUGGUCAAUGCCAUACAUUAUAAACUAAGAAAUGUAUUUGCAUAAGUAUGACUUAUCUGUGCGUUGAAAAGGUCUAAGAAUCAAAAUAUUGGUGUCUAGUCAAGUACCAUUCCUGUUUUGUUGACAUGUUUCAGACUAUGCUCAAGCUGAAUUAAUGUACUCUCAUUAUGGUGUCUGGCUGUCAGUUUGACCUCUCAUUCCUGUGUACAGACAGAGGCACAUUGUGGAGAUUAUUUUUUAAACAUUUUGUAUGAGACAUUUUCUGUGACCGGUUUGAAUUGAUCAUGCAGUCAGCCAAAACUCACUAGACUGUUUUGACCUGUGCCACAAAGGUUAUAUUGGUAUUUUUCUGGAUUUAGAGAGAAUUGAUGGUGCUGUACAGGAUUGGCCAUUGUACUGAGAUGGUGUGGAGUUUGAAUCCCUUCCAAGAGAAACGUUUCAACAUCACUGAAAAAGAGGCUUAUUCACGCUAUCACACUACAGCGUACAUGAAUAUGAGCUUUCAGCUUUGCAUUUCUCGUAACAUGAAAGUCAUUUUUCUCAUUCGCUGAAUUCCAAAUCAACCCUCUAGCCUAGGCACUCCUGUUAGAUCUGAAAUGAUUGGAUAGGUGUGGAGAAUUCCACCCAGUCUGUCAGAAGCAAAGAACCUCUGAUCAGAAGGCAAAGUGACGCAAUUAAGUUAUUGCAUGAAGCUAUGCGAGGGAUUUAUUUGGAAUUUUGAAAUAGAUUAUCUGCAAUUUCAGGAUCUCAGUGCUACUUGUCCCCUUGAAGAGCUGGCUCUCCUCCUAAAUGGCUAACACCUGUGCCACAACAAGGCUGCCGUCAAAGUGCUCAUGUGAUCCACAGUCAGUUUUGUAUUUUUAGCUCAUAAUGUAAAAUAGGAGGAUUAGUAGAACUGGGAAAGCAGCUGAUGCAGGAGCACCAGUAUGUUAAUUAUUGUUUGUUUAUUUGUAAUACAUCAAAUACGGACGUGUACAUUUCAUUGUCCAAAUAAAUCAUUAAACAUC